CUUGUCUCUCCGGGCCUGAGUAGGCGGGGUCUUUAACGUUAUCCAAUCAGGGACGUUGGGCUGGGAACUGUCCAAUCAGACACACAGCUGGAGUGGACAGGGCGGUUUCCGGGAUGUGGCGGGGCCUUUGGCUGCAGCGCGAGCUCCAGGUCUCCUCUUCACUCCUCUGUCUUCUGCUCUUAGAGACCCUUCCUCUGUGGCCCUGUGAUCUGCAGGGACUGUUGACAUUUAGGGAUGUGGCCAUAGAAUUCUCUCUGGAGGAGUGGCAAUGCCUGGACACUGCACAGCAGAAUUUAUAUAGGAAUGUGAUGUUAGAGAACUACAGAAACCUGGCCUUCCUAGGUAUUGCUGUCUCUAAGCCAGAACUGAUCACCUGUCUGGAGAAAGAAAAAGGGCCCUGGAAUAUGAAGCGACAUGAGAUGGUGGAUGAACCCCCAGGUAUAUGUCCUCAUUUUGCCCAAGAUCUUUGGCUACAGCAGGGCAUGGAAGAUUCUUUUCAAAAAGUAAUACUGAGAAGAUACGAAAAAUCUGGACGUGAUAAUUUACAGUUAAGAAAAAGCUAUAAAAGUAUGGAUGACUAUAAUAUGCACAAAGAAAGUUAUAAUGGACUUAACCAGUGUUUCACAACUACCCAAAGAAAAGUAUCUCACUGUGGUAAAUAUUUGAAAGUCUUUUAUAGAUUUUUAAAUUCAAACAGACCUAAGGUAAGACAUACUGGAAAGAAAGCGUUGAAAUGUAAAAUAUGUGUCAAAUCAUUUUGCAUGCUUUCACAUAAAACUCAGCAUAAAAGCAUUUAUAAUACAGAAAAGUUUUACAAAUGUAAAGAAUGUAGAAAAGCUUUUAAUUGGUUCUCAACCCUUACUUAUCAUAAGAAAAUUCAUACUAAAAAGAAACCCUACAAAUGUGAAGAUGGCAAAGCUGUGAAGCAACUUUCAACCCUUACUACACAUAAAAAAAUUCAUACUGGAGGGAAACUAUACAAAUGUGAAGAAUUUGGCAAAGGAUUUAUAUGGACAUCAACCCUUACUGAACAUAAGAGAAGUCAUAGUAGACAGAAACCAUACAAAUGUGAAGAUUGUGGCAAAGCAUUUUUAUGGUCCUCAACCCUAACUAGACAUAAGAGGAUGCACACUGGAGAGAAACCCUACAGAUGUAAAGAAUAUGGCAAAGCUUUUAAUCAGUCCUUUAACCUUACUACACAUAAGAUAAUUCAUACUGGAGAGAAACCUUACAAGUGUGAAGAAUGUAGCAAAGCAUUUAUAUGGUCCUCAAUACUUACUGAACAUAAGAGAAAUCACACUAGAGACAAACCCUACAAAUAUAAAGAAUUUGGCAAAGCAUGUAGCCAAUCCUCAACCCUAACUAGAUAUAAGAGGAUGCACAGUGGGGAGAAACCCUAUAAAUGUGAAGAAUGUGGCAAAACUUUUAGCCAAUCCUCAACCCUUACUACACGUAAGAUAAUUCAUCCUGGAGACAAACCCUACAAAUGUGAAGAAUGUGGCAAAGCAUUUAUAUGUUCCACAACACUAACUAAACAUAAGAGGAUGCACACUAGAGAAAAACCCUACAAAUGUGAAGAAUGUGGCAAAGCUUUUAAUCAAUCCUUUAACCUUACCACACAUAAGAUAAUUCAUACUGGAAAGAAACCUUACAAGUGUGAAGAAUGUGGCAAAGCUUUUAAUCGAUCAUCAAAUCUUACUACACAUAAGAGAAUUCAUACUAGAGAUAAACCCUACAAACAUGAAGAAUGUGACAAAGCUUCUAGCCAAUCCUCAACUGUUACUACACAGAAGAUAAUUCAUACUAGAGAAAAACCCUACAAAUGUGAAGAAUGUGGCAAAACUUUUCAUCGAUGCUCAAGUCUCACUACACAUAAGAUAAUUCAUACUGGAGAGAAACCUUACAAGUGUGAAGAAUGUGGCAAAGCAUUUAUCUGGUCCUCAUCCCUUACUAACCAUAAGAUAAUUCAUACGAGAGGGAAAUCUUACAAAUGUGAAGAAUGUGGCAAAGCAUUUUUAUGGUUCUCAACUCUUGCUGCACAUAAGAGAAUUCAUACUAGAGAGAAACCCUACAAAUGUGAAGAAUGUGGCAACGCAUUUAGGUGGUCCACAACUCUAAUUAAACAUAAGAGGAUGCACACUGGAGAGAAACCCUACAGAUGUGAAGAAUGUGGCAAAGCUUUUAGCCAAUCCUCACACCUUAGUACACAUAAGAUAAUCCAUUCUGGAGAGAAACCCUACGAAUGUGAAGAAUGUGGCAAAGCAUUUAACCAAUUCUCGACUCUAACUAAGCAUAAGAGGAUGCAUACUGGAGAGAAGCUCUACAAAUGUGAAGAAUGUGGCAAAGCUUUUAAUCGAUCCUCAAAUCUUACUAAACAUAAGAUAAUUCAUACUGGAGAGAGACCUUACACGUGUGAAGAAUGUGGCAAAGCAUUUAUAUGGUCCUCAACCCUUACUGAACAUAAGAGAAUUCACACUAGAGAGAAACCGUACAAAUGUGAAGAAUGUGGCAAAGCAUUUAGUCAGUCCUCAGCCCUAACUAUACAUAAGAGGAUGCACACUGGAGAGAAACCCUACAAAUGUGGAGAAUGUGGCAAAGCUUUUAGCCAAUCCUCACAUCUUACUACACAUAAGAUAAUUCAUACUGGGGACAAACCCUACAAAUGUAAAGAAUGUGACAAAGCGUUUAGCCAAUUCUCAACCCUAACUAAACAUAAGAGGAUGCACACUGGAGAGGAACUUGGCAAAUGUGAAGAAUGUGGCAAAACUUUUAAGCAACACUCGACCCUUAGUACACGCAAAAUAAUUCAUACUGAAGAGAAACUUUACAAGUGUGAAGAAUGUGGCAAAGCAUUUAUAUGGUCCUCAACCCUUACUGAAUGUAAGAUAAUUCGUACUAGAGAGAAACACUACGGUUGUGAAGAAUGUGGCAAAACAUCUCUUUGGUCCUCAACCCUAAGAAAACAUAAGAGAAUGCACACUGGAGAGAAACCCUACAAAUGUGAAGAAUGUGGUAAAGCUUUCUCAACCCUUACUACACAUAAGGUAAUUUAUACUAGAGAGAAACCCUACCAAUGUAUAGGAUGUGGCAAAGAUUUUAAGCAAUUCUCAACCCUCACUAUACAUAAAAUAAUUCAUGGUGUAGAGAAACUGUACAAAUGUGAAGAAUGUGGCAAAACAUUUAUCUGGUCCCCAACCCUUACUAAACAUAAGGUAAUUCAUACUAAAGAGAAAUCCUACAAAUGUGAAGAAGGUGGCAAAGCAUUUCUAUGGUCCUCCAACCUAACUAGAUAUAAAGGGAUGCACACCGGACAGAAACCCUACAAAUGUAGCAAAGCAUUUAAAUGGUCCUCAACUCUUCCUAAACGUAAGACCAUUUAUAUUAAAGAGAAACCCUACAAAUGUAAAAAAUGUGGCAAAGCCUUUAAAUGUUUGUCACACUUGAUUUUAGAUAAGAUAAUUCAUUCUGGAGAAAACUACCAAUGUGAACAAUGUGGCCAAGCUUCUAACUAAUGCUCACAACUUAUUGCACAGGAAAGCAUUUAUACUUGAGAAAAACCCUGCAAGUGUAAAGAAUUUGGAAAAACAUUUUUUCAAAAGCUACAAACUAUAAAACACCAAAGAGUUCAUACUAACAUAUAUUUUUGCAGAGGCAGUAAAUAUAAAAGAUAUUCAAUCCAAAAUUAAGUCUUAAUAUCAGGGAAUGAUUCACAGUAGAAAUGGCUAGGACACUCAAACUUUAGACAUUACACUAAAUCAGAGUGCUGAGUAUAGAAAAUAAUACGAACUAAAGUUUGCGUAAAUAUUUGUAUAUAAUUUUAAAAGAAGUACAAUAGU